GCUGUCGCACUGGAUAAGCGGAAGGCGGUACCUCUCUUUCUCGUCGUCCAUGUUCUAUGGCUGGGGUCUGCUGCUUGAAGAUCGACCCUUUGAACCUCCUUCCAGCACGUCCAGCCAGAUCCUUGUCGGCACGUGGUUGCUCGUGUAUCUAAUAGUAUCGACAGGCUACAAAGGUUCUCUCAUCUCUCAUCUGGUAGUAGAAAGCAAAUCAUCCGUCAUAAACAGCAUGGAGGAGCUGGCGGAGCGAGGACGGACUCAAGGCUGGGUCUGGGGCGUCUCAGGAGUUCCAAUGACUGGCGCAUAUAGACCAUUCUUUGCCUCCAGUCCCAGCCCAGCAGUGCUUGAAGUAUACAAGCACAUCAAGAUCGUCGAAAAGGAAGAAGGAAUGGCACGAGUUUUGGAUGGCGGUUUCUCAUACAUCGACAACUAUUAUUUUAUCAAAACACUGGUGUCCACGUACUACACGGACAGGACAGGCUACUCCCCGGUCCACAUCAGCACCACGCGUUACCCGCUAUACGGCGGCAACGGCUGGGCAUUCCGGAAAGGAGCAGCCUUCCGCUCACGCAUCAAUGACGGCAUCCAGCGGUUCCUGGAAGCGGGGCUCAUCACGCUGUGGAUGGAUGAAGUGAUUCUUUCCAAAGUCAGAAGGGAACGUGAAGCGCUGACUGGGAAAGACGUUGGAUCGCAGCUCACUCUCAAAACAGCCAGCGACGGCACGGUGGUGCUCGGCCUGAAUCACUUGCAGGGCACUUUCUACACGCUGCUCCUUGGUCACACUCUGGCUUCACUGUCCUUCUUCUCCGAGAUUGUACUGAGGCGCCGCUGACUGAGCAAGUUUUGACUACUCAGAGUGAAUAUACGUGCUACGACAGCGAAUAAAUUGUUUCCUUCAUGUGUUUCCGCAAGAAUACCAACCAACCAGAAUGUGAAUGUUUUGUGCUCAGAAUGCAGAGUAACUUUAACACGACCACCUUCUUUUUAUA